AUGCAGCUCUCUUAUACGAUACUCGCUACUUUGUUGGGCGCAUCGUCGCUAGUUGCGGCCUCGCCGACUCAAUCCGCUAGCGGUCUCAUGCUAGAGCUUAACAGCAAAGCGACCGGUGCGCUAGAGACGGCCCAGGCACCAACCAGUCGCAAGAAGUGCACAAUUGCCAAUGCCGACGUGCGCCGGGAUUGGAAAGCACUAUCCAAAAAAGAGAGAAAGGCUUAUAUCAAUGCCGUACUAUGUCUUCGAAAGAAACCUUCCAAAGCCGACCCGUCUUUCGCACCUGGGGCACGCAACAGAUAUGACGAUUUUGUGGCUGUGCAUAUCAACCAGACUCGCACCAUCCAUGGAACAGGAAACUUCUUCACCUGGCAUCGCUACUAUACUUGGGCUUAUGAAAAAGCUCUGCGAGAUGAGUGCGACUACAAAGGCACCCAGCCAUACUGGAAUUGGUUUGAGACCGGCGACUAUGCUACUAAUCCCCUCUUCGACGGUUCCGAGACCAGUAUGAGCGGAGAUGGCGAGUUCUUUAAGCACAACGGCUCUGUUUCUGGACAAGGAGCUAUUUUUCUCCCAAGCGGUAAUGGAGGUGGCUGUAUUAAGAAAGGUCCCUUCGCCGGCGCGACCGCUAACCUAGGACCUCCCUCUCCCGGCAUGGACGGAAUGGAAGCCACUGCUACACCUCUCGAGUACAACCCUCGUUGUCUCCGUCGAGAUCUCAGCCGCUACGCGAUUGAUAAGUGGAUGACUCUUCCUAACCUGUACAACGUCACGCUCGGCGAUGCUUCACAUAGUAUUCAAGCCAUGCAGGAUGAGUUUCAAGGCCGAUUUCCAGAUCGAUUCUUGGGCUUGCACGCCGCUGGGCAUUUUGCCAUUGGUGGUGACUCCUCUGACCUCUACUCUUCGUCUAAUGAGCCUGUUUUCUUUCUGCAUCAUGCUAUGGUUGAUCGAGUGUACUGGAUCUGGCAGGCUCUGCAUCCCAAGCAGGCCCGUGAUAUAGCUGGCACUAUCACUAUUGGGAACAGACCUCCUAGUCGGGACGCUUUGAAGUCUGAUCCUCUGAACAUGGGGAUCAAUGCAGCUGAGAUUACCAUCGAUGAUGCGCUUGACACCCUGAGCGGUUCUCCGCUCUGUUAUAUGUAUCUCUAA